GGGGCUUCCUGCGGCGGAAACAUGGCGGCUGCCAUGGAAAAUGAAUCAGACCUAGGCAACGACGAUUAUUAUUCCUUGUUAAAUGUGAGGAAAGAGGCUACUCAGGAAGAGCUGAAGUCCUCGUACCGGCGACUGUGCAUGCUGUACCACCCGGACAAGCACAGAGAUCCUGAGCUCAAGAGGCAGGCAGAGCAGCUUUUCAAUCUUGUUCACCGGGCAUAUGAAGUUCUUAGUGACCCCCAGGCUCGUGCCGUAUAUGACAUUUUUGGGAAGAAAGGAUUGGAAGUGGAAGGAUGGGAGGUGGUGGAGAGGAAGAAGACCCCUGCGGAGAUCAGGGAGGAAUAUGAACGCCUGCAGAGGGAAAAGGAUGAGAGGAGGCUACAGCAGAGGACCAACCCCAAGGGGACCAUCAGUGUAGGAAUCGACGCAACAGACCUGUUUGAUCGUUACGACGAAGAUUUCGAAGAAAUGCCAGGAGCAGGUUUCCCUCACAUCGAGAUCAACAGGAUGCACAUAUCACAAUCUGUUGAAGCACCCUUGACUAUGACUGAUACGGCUGUCCUUUCAGGCUCUCUGACCACGCACAACGGAAAUGGAGGAGGCAACAUUAACCUUUGUUUGAGACGGGUCACCUCAACACGUGGCUGGGGAGAGCUGGAGUUCGGAGCCGGAGACAUCCGAGGGCCUCUUUUUGGAAUGAAACUGUUUAGGAAUGUCACUACACGAUGUUUUAUGACUGCGCAGUGUGGUAUGCAGUUCUCCUCUCGUGGGGUGAGGCCAAGUGCCGGCACCAUGAUGGCACGUCACCUGGACCAGAACACUAUGGGCUACCUGCAGUGGCGCUGGGGCAGCGAGUCGGCCAUGACCACCAGCAUCGUCCGAGACACCACAACCAGCCACUUUACCAUCGCCCUUCAGCUUGGCAUGCCUCAUUCGUACCUGAUGAUGAGCUAUCAGUACAAAUUUCAAGACGAUGACCAAACCAAGGUCAAGGGUUCUGUCAAGACUGGGUUCUUUGGGACGGUGGUGGAAUACGGUGCUGAGAGGAAGAUCAGCAGACACAGUGUUCUCUCGGCGACGGUCAGCAUCGGGGUACCUCAAGGAGUCUCUCUGAAAAUCAGGCUAAACAGAGCCAGUCAGACGUACCUUUUCCCCAUCCACCUGACAGACCAGAUAUUGCCCAGUGCUGUGUUUUACGCCACCGUGAGCCCUCUGGUCAUCUACUUAGCCAUCCAGAAGCUUAUAAUCACACCGUAUGUGCACAAGCAAAAGGAACAGGAGCUGGAAAAGCACAGAGUGAACUCAGCAACAGAUAUCUCCAAGAAGAGACAGGAGGCUGAAUCAGCUGUGCAACUGAUGCAGGAGUCAGUGCGGAGAAUUAUUGAAGCAGAGGAGUCCAAAAUGGGUCUCAUCAUCUUAAAUGCCUGGUAUGGCAAGUUUGUGCUGGACACCAGCCAGAAACAGGAGCGAGCGAAGGUCAUCGACGUGACGGUGCCUCUGCAGUGCCUGGUCAAAGAUUCCAAACUCAUCCUCACUGAGGCGUCAAAGGCGGGUUUGCCCGGCUUCUACGACCCAUGCGUGGGGGAAGAGAAGAGCUUGAAGCUGCUCUACCAGUUCAGAGGAGUCAUGCACCAAGUGCUGUCUGGAGACACAGAUGCUCUUCGGAUACCCAAGCAGUCACAUAGGAUAGACGCCGAGACGUAGGGGUCUGCAGUACACGUGCAACAGACAACGGCAGACAUGAACCGAAGGGCAAAUCCAAAGGGGUGUCCAAUUUUUUUUUUUUUUAAAUAUUUAUUUUGGUUUCCUGUUGUGAAGCCCUGUAUGUGAACUCUGCCCACUUUUUGUUAUCCUGUAUCUCAGUAUCAUAUCCAUAAUAACAGAGAGAAUAGUUGUGUGAUUUGACCAGGAUGUGAAACAGCUUUGAUGUUUUGACGUAACAAGAGCAGAACUUGAUGUGUAUUUAUUUACCAAACAGAAAGUUAAAGAGGUGUGUCUGAAUAAAAACAGCCAUUAGCAAUUGAGAUACACCACAUUUUUACUGAAUUAGCAUUUACGACACAGUUAAGAGUUAAAGACUCCUAGUGCUUGUUUUUUUUAUAUUUAGUAUUUAUAAUUGUGUAUUCAUUAAUUUAUUUAUUUAUGUAUGCAUUUGAUUGGACAAGUACAAGAUGGAUAUCACGCUAUCAAAAUUUAACAAAUUAAAAAUAAUAAUAUCUACAAAA